AUGGCCUCCAUGAAUAACUGGUUAGGUUUCUCUUUAUCUCCUCAAGAACUUCCAUCAUCACAGUCUGAUCACCAAGAUCACUCUCAAAACACAGACUCUCGCCUUGGUUUCCACUCUGAUGAAAUCCCUGGUACCGAUGUCUCUGGCGAGUGCUUUGAUCCCACUUCUGAUUCCACCGCUCCUUCUCUCAACCUCCCUGCCUCUUUUGGUAUACUUGAAGCCUUUAGAAACAAUCAAUCUCAAGAUUGGAAUAAUAUGAAGAGUUUAGGCAUGAAUCCAGAAACCAACUACAAAACCACCUCAGGCCACCCUAUUUUCAUGGGUACUUUAUGCAAUAGCCAAAACAUUGAUCAAAACCAAGAACCUAAGCUUGAGAACUUCCUUGGUGGUCAUUCCUUUGGCAAUCAUGAACACAAAUAUAAUGGCUGCAACACCAUUUAUGAUACCACUGGAGACUAUGUGUUCCAGAACUGUUCUUUGCAACUCCCAUCUGAGGCUACAUCAAAUGAAAGAACUAGCAAUAGUGGAGGUUGUGAUAAUACCAAUAGUUCCAUUGGGUUAUCCAUGAUCAAGACUUGGUUAAGAAACCAGCCAGCACCGACACAGCUAGACACCAGUAAUAAGAGCAAUGGUGGUGCACAAAGUUUGUCCCUUUCAAUGAGUACUGGAUCACAAUCAGGUUCUGCUUUGCCACUUCUAGCAGCUGUAAAUGGUGGAGGUAAUAAUACUGGGGGAGAUCAGAGUUCUUCUUCUGAUAAUAACAAGCAACAAAAGACCACAACAAGUCUUGAUAGCCAAACCGGUGCCAUCGAAGCGGUGCCAAGGAAAUCUAUUGAUACUUUUGGCCAAAGAACUUCUAUAUACCGUGGUGUAACAAGACAUAGAUGGACUGGUAGAUAUGAAGCCCAUCUAUGGGACAAUAGUUGUAGAAGAGAAGGACAAACUCGCAAGGGUAGGCAAGGUGGUUAUGACAAAGAAGAAAAGGCAGCUAGAGCUUAUGAUUUAGCAGCAUUGAAAUAUUGGGGCACUACUACCACGACAAAUUUUCCAAUUAGCAACUACGAAAAAGAGAUAGAAGAAAUGAAGCAUAUGACUAGGCAGGAGUAUGUUGCGUCUCUUCGAAGGAAAAGUAGUGGGUUUUCUCGGGGUGCUUCCAUUUAUCGAGGUGUAACUAGACACCAUCAACAUGGAAGAUGGCAGGCAAGGAUUGGAAGAGUUGCAGGGAACAAAGACCUUUACUUGGGAACCUUCAGCACCCAGGAAGAAGCAGCAGAGGCCUAUGACAUUGCAGCCAUAAAAUUCCGUGGACUGAAUGCAGUGACCAACUUUGACAUGAGCAGAUACGAUGUUAACAGCAUACUAGAGAGCAGCACAUUGCCAAUCGGAGGCGCGGCUAAGCGGUUGAAGGAGGCGGAGCAUGCUGAAAUAACAGUGGAUGCGCAAAGAACAGGUGAUCAAGAAAACAUGAGUUCACAACUCACGGAUGGGAUUAGCAACUAUGGUGGAGCACACCAUGGGUGGCCUACUGUUGCUUUUCAACAAGCUCAGGCUUUUAGCAUGCACUAUCCAUAUGGCCAGAGGCUUUGGUGCAAGCAAGAACAGGACUCUGACAAUCACAGCUUCCACGAGCUUCAUCAGUUACAAUUGGGAAACACCCACAAUUUCUUUCAGCCUUCGGUUCUGCAUAACCUCAUGAGCAUGGAAUCUUCUUCAAUGGAACAUAGCUCUGGUUCCAAUUCUGUUAUGUAUAGCAGUGGAGGUCAUGAUGGUACUAGUACUGGAACCAAUGGAAGCUAUCAGGGAAUGAGUUAUGGAAGCAAUGCCGGGUAUGCCGUUCCAAUGGCUACAGUUAUAGCUAAUGAUGGCAACAACCAAAAUCAAGGAAAUGGUUAUGGAGAUGGAGAGGUGAAGGCUCUUGGCUAUGAAAAUAUGUUUUCCUCGUCUGAUCCUUAUCAUGCUAGAAACUUGUAUUAUCUUUCUCAACAACCAUCAGCCGGUGGGAUCAAGGCUAGUGCAUAUGAUCAGGGCUCCACAUGUAACAAUUGGGUGCCAACAGCAGUUCCAACCAUUGCAGCAAGGUCUAAUACUAUGGCUGUUUGCCAUGGAGCUCAACCUUUCACCGUAUGGAAUGAUAGUACAUAA